AGCGGCGAUCAGAGUGAUACCGCCAUCGCGGCAGGCCAGUCUGUGCACGACGCUCGGCGCGCGCGGUCCCUCGCGCCCUAGCGCGACACCAUGUCGCCUCUCACCGCGUUACUCGCGCUCGCAGCGCUCUGUCCUAUUAUAAGUGGUGAACAUCAGUUCGGUGUUUGUAAAUUGGACUUUUGCAACUGCACUCCUGACACACAUCCUUCGUGGAAGACCGUGAACUGCACUCUUCAGCGCGACCAGAAACUGGAUAUAUUGGAAGGUGACCUACCAGAAACCACUACAGAUCUUAUAGUGAGUGGAUCGGGGGUCAUAAUGCUGGGUGCUAACUCGCUGUCGCGGCUGCGCGACGCGCGGCGCAUCUACAUAAACGGAGCCGAGAUCGUCUUCAUGAGGUCGUACGCCGCCGCCAACCUCGACGUCCUCUAUCUCCACCUCGACGUUGAGAACUGUGACGUCAUCCGCAUCGAAGAGAAGGCCUUUGUCAACAUUAAAGGUCCCCUCUCGGUGACGAUCAAGAACUGUGAAAGCGUUUCUACCGAAGGACAAGCUUUCUCGUGGCUUCUUAAUAUGAACAUCAGUAACGUGCGCACUCUACAACUCGGUCCUGGCUCGUUCACACUGGACCCGUCCGCCGGCAACGUCGGCGAGCACGGGCCGGGGAUGUCGAUCAGGCUGAGAAAUUUAACGGUACCCGCUGUCCCCACGCAAACAUUUGGAUCCUCCGCAGCUGAAAUUGUUUUAGACAAUGUAAAGAUAAACGAGAUUCUCGCAGGAGCCUUUUCUGCGAACACCUAUAACAUCGUGAUGGCACUGAAUUCUUCGAUACAAAAUAUAGAUGAAGAUGCUUUUUCCCAAAGAUCGCUGAUAAAUAACUUGUACUUUUUUGGGUGCAAGAUACAACAAAUUUCCUCAAGAGCAUUGCAAUCAGCUGUUGGAAACCUUAACAUUUCAUAUACAUUGAUUGAAAAUAUCGAAACGGGUGGAAUAAAUAUCACAGUAGCUUCAGUUGUUAUUCUUGACUCAGAGUUUAAUCGACUCAUGGAACGAAGUAUUGAAUUAUCGUCAUGGAAUAAAUUGCAUAUGGAAAGAAACUCCUUCGAUGAGUUAGUCCCUCACGCCAUAAUCGCGUUGGAUACAACUACACACGAACAAUCCGCUCAUGAAUUGACAUUCAUUGAGAAUGAAGUUGAAACAGCAUAUCCCACCAGCCUUAAAUUCAUAGGCCAAGCCCAAAGUCAUACCGCUUAUACAGUGGUUUACAAAGAUAACUACUACGGGCAAACUUGCUACUGCAAUAUAAGCAAUUGGCUGGCUGAUGUGUUAGGCACAGACUUAGGAGGAAAAUAUAAAUCUGAAAGCUUUUGCACCGUAGACGAGUUUUUGGCUCGAUGUUUCAACGAGCCUGAACAAAAUAUAUUAUUUGACAAAUUUUUGGACGGCGUAUGUCAAAAAGAUUCAGUUACUUUCCAUUGUGAAUCUUAUGUAAGAAAAGCAGACGGUACUUCUACGGAGAUUAAGAAUCCUAGAUUCCCACACAAAAAUAAGCACGAGCAAAUUAUCAGUGAGCGAGACAAAAAAGUUAUCGGCAUCGUGAUUGUGACCUGUUUGGGCUGUGUAGUCAUUGUAAUGUUUAUAAGUUUCGUCAGAUGGAUGCGUCGAAAAGGAUACUGCAUAAACGUUAAGAAUUUUCUCAUAUCUUCAAAUUUAUCGUGUGGAUCACUUUGUGACCGUUUGUGUAAUUGUGGAGUCACUCAUGGUAUGGAUAAUGCUCGAUCUAUAUCUCGACUUUCAGUAAACGAAUAUUCUGAACGCCAUUGUUUAAAUGAGCCAAUGAGGGUUCAAGAAAUGGUUCAUGAAUCGACUUUGAAUGGAGAGCUAGUACCAACUGAAGAUAAAACAACUCAAACUCUCCCUGAAGAGCUUACCAAAGAGCUUUUGGAAAAUCUCAAGGAACGAUUAGAAAGUCCAGAGAACUAUGUAGAGGCACGUGAAACUAUUGAACAUUUAUAUGUGCUAACGAAACUGGAAGAGAACCGCAAUGCUAAUGUUCCAAAACUGAUUAACGUGGAAGAGAAUAUUUACGAAUUACCUUUCCAAGCUACUGCACCUCGUAUUGGCAAAAAUAAGAAACCGAUGAUAAGUGUUGGCACUCGCACACCUUCUCUCGACAAACUUUUGCCUCUGUCACCUUACAACCGACAGACCGCUUUAGUUCAUGAAUAUUUUGAGCCCAAAGAUCUCGCUGUCCACCUGUAUGCCGAAAUAGCUAACAACGAGAAGGAAAAACGCACCCUUUUGGGUAAUAUUCCUGAUGUCGUAGCUGAGCAGGCCGCCCCCCGAGGACCGUACCUGCGAGCCGUUCGUGAGAAAAAGAAUACUUCUGGAUCUCAAGCUAGCCCAGUGCCGAAAUCCCUGAACAACUCAACUGGAUCUCGUGGCAUGUCGACUAUCAAAUCUAACACAUCGAACACUUCUGCUAAAAUGCUGAACCGCCCUCUGCCGGAGAAGCCCAUCACCCUGGACCCGGGUGAGGGAACGUCGUUUAAGCACGGCUGAGGGUUAGCCUGCGGUCGGCCGGUGUCAGACGAACGCUUCGGGCUUCUCGAGAAACCCCGCAGAGGAUCGCAUCGCCGACCGCUGUUGUCGUCUGACGACAGCAUGGACUUCUACAACAACUUGGACCCCUGCGUUACAAGCUAAACGGGGAAUGAUAACGACGCGACAAUCGAGAUGAUGCUUAAACAUUUCUUUGCUGUGAUAUUAAUUUUGUUUACUUUAAUUCGUAAUUACCUUUGAGUGAUGUGUCGUGCCAGACACUGUUGUAAGAUUAUGUAAUUAUAAUAUAUGAUUUGUAAUUUAUGAUUUGUAAAUAAUUAAUGAGUUGUAAUUAAUUUUUAAUGUUGAGCCGCACCAAGGCGUGAUCUUUUGAUAUUUAAGAGCCUGCAUUGUACGUUUCUUUGUUUAACAUUGCUUUACAUAUUGAUGCUUCUUAUUAAUAAUUUUAAAUGGACGUUAUCAUACAAAGAUUUUCACUAACGACAGCUAGGCAAGAAUUUCGGACCUGAAAUAAUAUAUCUUACUCGUAAACUUAACAUUUCAUUCAAAUAAUCUUGAUGUUUAUAUAAUUACACUUAUCCAUAUUUAAAAAGACAUUUAUAGUAGUGUUAAAUUACAAUAGAAACAAUUACUCAACAUAAUAUUGAUGUGUUUAUUCGUUGUCAAGUAGAAAUAUGAUGAUAAUCAGUAAUCAGUAAUCAGUAGUAUCAAUAGAACAGUUAAGAGAAAUCGAUGUUUAAAAAAAAUCCAAAAAAAAUCGUAAUUAUCCGUAGUGAUUGAUGUAUUAGAGCUUACCCAACUUUCAGCUGUCGUCCCAAAGGUUAGUGAGUCCCGAUCAUUUUUAUUUUAUAAAAAUAUUCAAAAAAUAAAUUCUAUUUCCAUAUGUCUUUACAUUCUAGACUUUUUAAACAUUUAUAACUUCACUUUUGACAAAAGAAAAUUUACCCCAAAUUAGUGUGCUCAAAA